UAAGGCGUGAUGGUUUGACGCCCAAUCACAGAGGCCCAAGUUGCAGGGCUACUGCGCUCCGCAUCGAGUGCCUUUUGGCAUGAUCAGAGAAUAGACGAUGAGAGCUUAAAAGCCCUCGAAGGACUCGAGUACUUCAUCAUGAAGGCUUCGUUAGUUUCAAGGAUCGCAACCAAGUCUCAAACAUAUUUGUAUCUUGCACGGUUAAAUGGGUCCAAACCUGUCACUUUUGGAUGAAACAGGAAGGUGCGCGCUCAAUUGCUCCCUCAACAUUUCCGCGAUUCACUUCUGGAGAGUUCGAAGUAUUGACAGAAUAGUAGCGACCUGGGUGCAGAGAUAUACAUGCCUUAUACCAAACGUACAUCAGUUGACGCUGUUUACCGGUCUUCGCAUGUCCACAGACACAAGAGUGGCCACCAUCGAAAUGUUGAGAAGUCAAACGUCACAGUGCAUGCUGUGAUACCGACAUAUGGCAACAAGCAAAGCAAACAGACUCAACGUCAAGAAAUUACUCAAGCUUUAGAUCUAUCAUUGACUCAACGGACGCUUUCCGAUCUUGCUCCGCAUGAGAGACCUCUUACUGGACCAGGGGAAUGCAUCGUGUGCCUGGAGACAUUUCCUCCAUCCUCUUUCCCUGAUCGAGCGAUCUCGUCUAUUUGCGAUCACACAAGCCCAGAGAGGCAUCAGCAAAGGGUUUGCAGAGGUUGUCUUGCACAGCAUUUGGAUGCGCAGCUAAACAACUCCGGUCCUGAUCGCUUGACAUGUCCUAUAUGCCUGGCCGCUUUGGCACAUACCGAGAUCAAGCAAUGGGCAUCUCCAGCAACAUUUGUGCGUUACGACUCUCUUCAGGCACGGACGGCGAUUUCCUCUGAUCCGAACUUCAUAUGGUGUUGCAACCCGACAUGUGGCGCUGGCCAACUUCACGUUUCUGGCGCCGAAUCACCAAUUGUUAUCUGCCAUGCUUGUGGCGCCCGUACUUGCUUCAACCACCCGAACGCGAUAUGGCAUGAAGGGUUUACCUGUUAUGAAUUCGAUCAUCCCGAAGUUGCAGAGGAGCGUCGCAGGCAAGAAGCCACAGAGACGGAAGCCCUUGUGCAAGCGCAACAGGAAGAAAAUGACCGCAUUCGUGAACAGGUCCAAAGGGACCGUCGUCUCGCAAUGGAACUUCAAGAAGAAGAUGGACAGCAAGAAGGUUCACAGUUGAUAACUAAUGUUGCAGAAAUUGAGAAAGGACAGCAAACGAACGAGGAAGAAGUGCUGCAACAAAUGGAAGCAGGGCAGAGACGGGUUAAUGAAGUAACCAGAACACGUGCAAAGAACCAAGAAGAGGAAGCGGCUAUUGAAAGAAAUCGGUUGCAAGAGAGAGCCGAAAGACGCAAGGAAGAAUUACAAGGAGAAGCAGAGGUGUCCAGGACAAGCAAACCGUGUCCCGGGGCAAACUGCUCAUAUUGGAUAGUCAAGGUUGAUGGUUGCAAACACAUGACCUGCUCUCGUUGCCAUCAUGAGUGGUGUUGGGUCUGCAAUCAACCUUGGAGGAAUGGCCACCUCAACGAAGCCUGUGGAUAGAUACAAGGCAGAUAUUCUGAACAGUUAGAAUGUAGGAUCUCAAGGGAGUACUGUCCCACAAUCGAAAUGCUCGAAAUACCAGUCGCCCCAGGACUAAUGACAGACCAAGGGAAAUAA